AUGUUCUCGCAACCGGCUCCGCUGUACACCCACUAUCAGCCGCCUCCUCAGCCGAUGUACCCUCUCCCGCAGUCGCAGCAGCCUCAGCAGCCUCUGUCGCAGUACCAGCAGCCGCUUGGACCGUCGCCGUCGUCGUCGAUGACCGCACCGCCUCCGCCGCCCGCCUUCAUCGGCCAGCCUCAAGGAGGAGGAGCGUUCAACGGCGCACUCCAGCCGAACAACGGCGCGAGCGGGGUUGGGAUGGGCGUAGGGAGCGGCGCGGGGGACUUUGAGCUGUUCGGCCCCUCCUCGCCUCGGCACACUCAGCAACCUCGGUCACAGCAGCUGCCUCCCUAUCGACAGCCCUUCCAGCAGCUCCCGCGGCAGCAGCACAGCCAGCGAGGUCCAAGGGACGCUUAUGCGAUCCCCAUACCCUCGAGCUCGUCGUCCGAGUCGUCGCAGGACGACACCGACUACCCUCCCCUCCCUGAACUCGUCGCCGACGACGGGUCUGCACCGUCACCCGCCGCGUCAUUCUCUCCACCGUCUCCCAAGUUCAUCUCGCCCAUCAGGCCAGGGCUUCUGAAGGAGCUUGGCGGGACAGGCGGCGGACAAGCGGGCUUCAGCGGGCUGAACGGGUACGGUCUGGGCUACAAGGGCGAGCGCGCUUCGAGCGUGCCCGUCCCCGAACCGCCGCGGCCAAUGCGACGGAAGACGCAGGAGUCGCGCGACUGGCCGUCGUUCUACUCGUCUGGUUCGUCGUCGAGCAGCUCGAGUCAGGGCGCGGCUGGUCAAGCUGCGCCCGCAAAUGGCGGCUUCCUCGGCGCUCCUUUCGCCGCUCAGACCUACACAGAUGAGCCAGCGUUCUUCGUCACGCCGACAGGCCCGACCGCCAAUCCUUUCGAUGCCGCCAACCUCGUCCUCUCGCCCGCUCAGCAGCUUCCCUUCGCACAGAACCCUCACCCUACGCCGCCCUACACCGACCACCCGCUCCUCCCGUCCGAGCAGUCUGACUUGCUCGACCGUGUGAGACGCGACUUGCUCGAUGUCGACUUGAGCAGCAUCAAGGGGCCGUUGAGGGCGCUUGCGCUGUCGGGCGACAGGGAGUCGACGCCUACGCCUGGUCUGCCGUCGUACGGCUCGCCCGUUCAGCAGCAGCCGCAGAACCUGCCGCAGCAAGUCACGCCCAAGUCUGCGCUCCUCCGCUCGCCGGCGCAGGAAGACGCACUCUCGGCUGGCACCGUCUCGCCGCAAGAAGCCUUCCUCGACUACAACGAGGUCGACUCGCGCUUGCACGAUCCGUCCGAUCCGCUGUUCAGCGGCGGAAGCGGGCGAAGUACCGAAUUUGGAGUGGGCGUCGGAGGGAGCUUGUUUGCUCCGCUUCCGCAGGCGACUGCAGCGGCGAUGGCGGGCACCGUAUCGCCUACCCCGUCCUACCGCGCUCAAAGCCCGCACCUCGCCCCUCACGCGCCAGCGGCGACCUCCUCCCCUCUCGCGCGCGACCGCUCGUCCACCCCUCCCGCCGUCUCCUCACCGCGUCACGGCGCUCGACGCGGCCCGCACCCGUUCUCGGUCCCGCAGAACGCGGUGACUUGGGCCGAGCGACGAUCUUUGUCAGGUCACCGGCUUGUCGGAGGCGUUGUGGACGGCGAUGCGGAUGACGACGACGGUGACUUUGGGACCGAGGGUGAGCCGUCGGCUGAGCAGAUGGAUCGAGACGAGGAAGAAGCGGAGAAGAGGAGGCUUGAGGCUGUCAGGAGGGAGAAGGGUCUUCAGGACGGGUUUGGGCGGUUCGAGAAGAGCGACGUGGAUGUCGCCAAGCCUGAGGGGGUCGAAAUGAGCGAGGAAGAGAAGUGGAGGUACGGCGUCAAGAGCGAGGUCAAGAAUGAAGAGAACGAGGCGGGGUACCCGUCCGUCGCGGGCAAGGGUGUCUCGCGCCAGCCGGCUUCGUCGACGUUCGCACCUGCACUCCCGCCUCUCCCACAGCACCCGUCGUCCUCUUACCCCUCUUUCGCCGCCCCUCGUCCGUCAUCUGCCUCGUCGACCGCGUCGUCCGUCGCCUCGGGCUUCUCGGCCUUCCAGCACGAGCUCGCCAAGCAGCGGCAAGGCUCGCACGGGUUCGCCCCUCCUGCCUCGGUCAACAUCGGUGGCGACGGCGGCACGUCGACGCCUCGCCGAACCGCAGCGGCCAGUGCGUUGGCCGGCUUGAACGCCCUCGCUGGCCGAUACGCCGCGCAGCAGGAGCAGCCCCGCGGACCUGUCGGCGCGGAAGAGUCGCCUGUCCGGCCGCAGCGCAAGCGCAAGCCGAGCCAGAUGGCCAAGGCGGCGUACGGGCUCGUCUCGGACGAAGACGCGGAAGACGCGCCUGGCGAGCCGGGCGACUUGGCGUUGGCGACGCCUCCUGCGCCUGCUGCGUCGGCCACUCCGACCGUCUCGAGCGAUGCGGACGGCGAUGUCGAGGGCGAAUCGGACGCGAGCUACCACUCGUCGCAGUCGUCCUAUCAGGCUGCGCCCGCCCGGCGUCGCGGCACUCCAUCCGGCUCUUCCGCACCGCCAAACAAGCGUCGACGCCGUAACCCCGCUACAUCGACCCCUCGCAGCGGCGCAGGCGGCGGCGGAGGCAGCGGCUCGAUCCGGUGCGACCACACCAACUCGGACGGCUCGACGUGCGGCGUCAUCUUCCGCCGUCCGUACGACCUCGCGCGCCACAAGGAGACGAUUCAUGGAGAGGGACUGAAGGGGGAGAAGGUGCGCGUCAAGGAGUGGAAGUGCGAGCAGUGUGGUGGGACGUUCAGUCGCAAGGAUGCGCUGCUCAGGCACGGGAGGAUCAGGGGCCACAAGACUGGGCGAUGA